AAUCCAUUGUAAGUACUCGAACAUUAACCUAAAAAAUAUAUACAAAUAAGAGAAAAUAAAACAACACACUUUUAUUUUUAUUUUUUUGACUAUCUUCUUUUUGGAUGAAAAAAUCGAACUGUAUAAAAUUUCAAACAACAUAUCAUAAUAUUAAAAAUGACUUAAUUAACAUAUUUAUGUUUAUUCACUUUUAUUUUGAUUUCUUGAUCGAUAUGAUUUUUCAUUUCUAUGAUUAUUUAUAUCAACAUUAAUACAAACUCUCGAACGAUCUUAUCAUUUAUUACAUAUUGAACAUAGAAAAUUUUUUCAAGAAUUAACAACAUCUGAUAUACAAUUCAAUAAUAGAAAUUUAUUUAACAGAAUAUCCAUUAUGCUUAUUAUAUCCUAAUGUUGAUCGUUAUGAAUGGUUAAAUAAAUUGAUUGAAUAUAUAUGGCUAAUUAUAUCAAAUUUAGUUAAAAAUAUUUAUUGAACCCAAAUUUAAAAAAACAAAUAUCUGAUCUUUCAUACGAAUAUAUUAAUCUAGGUGGUAUUCCACCACGUUUAAAUGGUAUUAAAAUAGAAAUUAAAAUGAAAUAUAAUAGUUUAAAAAUUGGUAUUAAAUCAUUUUAUUUACAUGAUCAAUUAUGUUUUAUACUUAAAUCUCUUAUAUCAAAAAUACUAUUUAUUAGUGCAUUAGAAUUAUGUUUUCUUCGUAAAUCAAUAAUACAUUUUGAUUUAAUUGAUACAACUAAUUUAAUUGAAAUACCUGGUUUAUAUAAUUUACUUAUAUUAUCAUUCGAAUGUUUAUUACAAACAUUUCUUGUUAUACCAAAUCGUUUAAUUAUUGCAUUUAUUAAUAGUAAAGAUAUAAAUCAACUAAAAUUUCCAAAACCUAAUAGUAUAUUGCGUAUUGACAUAAUUGAAGGAAAUAAAUUUAUCAAAAUAUGA